CAUAUGCUCCCAAAGUCGCAACUCAUAAUCAACCUGAAUAUAAGGAAGUAAACAAAAAUUGAGCUACCCCCCAAAAUAAAAGGCCCAUAUACAACAAUAAUCUAAUUUAAUUUCACUCCUCAAAUGAUUCUCACAAUCUCACCUACAAAUACAAACAUUUCACACAAAAAACACACAACUUUCUUCUCUCUAAUCUUUCUCUCUUUCAACCUUUUUCUCCCCUAAAAACACAACAAUAAUGGGGUUUAUUUCCUUCAUUUUCUCCACCAAAUUCAUUUUCUCUCUCCUCCUUUUCUCAGCCAUUCCUAUAGGUAUUCUCAUCACUCUUGAAAGGGUCCCACCUUCUACCCACGUGUACCAAUACCAUAGCAACAGCUGGCUUAGAGAGUGUGCCACGUGGGAUGAUCUCAACCGUCGGUUUCUUGUAUCUUAUAUGGAGGGUGGUGUAGGAGAAGUCAAGGUUUAUGAUGAUGAUGUUAAUGAUAAUCAUGGUGGAAUAAUCUUAGAUGAAAUCACAACCGUUAAAGAUGCUGACUUGGCAGGAAAUGCUUCACUUGGUAUUACAAUUGAUCGACCUAGAAAUCGUCUGCUUGUUGUUGUGUCUGAUUUGAUUGGAAAUCGUUAUAGUGGUCUUGCUGCAUAUGAUCUUUCUUCUUGGAAUCGUUUGUUCCUCACUCACCUUACUCAACCAGGAGAUGACAAGGCUUUUGCGGAUGAUGUAGCAGUUGAUGAAGAAGGUAAUGCUUAUGUAACUGAUGUUAGAGGCAGCAAGAUUUGGAAAGUCAACGUAGAUGGAAAGUUUUUAUCAAUAAUAAAUGAUCCACUUUUCACCCCAAAAGAAUGGUACAAAAAUUUGGUAGGACUUAAUGGCAUUGUGUACCACCCAAAUGGUUAUUUACUAGUAAUUCAUACAUUUUCUGGGACAUUGUACAAAAUUGACUUAAAAAAUGGGAAUGAAAUCAAGUUAGUGAAAAUAAUCAAGGGAUCAGUCACAUUUGGGGAUGGAUUGGCGCUUCUAUCUCCAACUAAGCUAGUGGUUGCCGGCAAUCCGGCGGGGAGAUUGGUGGAGAGUUCGGACGAUUGGGAGACGGCUUUGGUGGUCGGAAAAUUCUCCGGCAUAAUGCAUCGGUUGGCCACUUCCGCAACCGUGAAGGAUGGGAAAGUGUUCUUGAAUCAUAUGAUUGGGUUGGGAUACCCUAAGAGAAAACAUGUUAUUGUAGAAGCUAAUUUUAGUUCUUAGAAGUUAAAAUUGCAUUGAUUUUAAGUCAUGUGAACACAUUGUUUACCAUAUAUUACUUGUAGUAUGUACUAAAUUGUUUUUGUUUUUGAUUCAAAAGUGGACAGAAGGUCCAAGAGAAGUACGUACUAGAUUGUUACUUACAAGCUUUAA